UGAGUGAUUUCGCACCUGGUCAUAAUCAGAGGAAUAUGUCUUCAUCAUCAAAAUUAAAGCUCUGACAGACCUACAGGUUUAGUUUGAGUUUGGCGACAUGCAGACGCUGUUUAGUUUGAUUUUUGUUCUUUUUUUGUACUUCAUUACAGGUAAUGUAUGUUAUCUGAGCAUCUCACCCAAGGGACCCGUGACUGUUGAAGCUCUUGUGGGCACCAAUGUGACCCUUAGUGUGUCUCACGCUGGUGUCCCUCAUCCUGAGGUCAUGUGGUUUAAGGGAAGUCUUCUGGUUGCCAAAUGGACCGCUGGUAACAGCUCGCUUUCAGGUGUUGCUUCAGGCGUUUUUAAACCAGAACUCAAUGGAUCCCUCACCUUCAUGAACGUGUCGCUUCGUUAUAAUGGUACAUACACCGUGGAAAUGAAUAAUAUCGGGGAGGAAAAGGUCAGCACUACAUUUUACCUCUUUGUUUAUGAUAUCAUCAUGAAUGUAUCCCUGCACACUGAUCCAGGAGACGCCAUUGAGGGUGAAGUGAGCUUUACCUUGUAUUACAGCACAGUGCAAGGGGAGGCCAAAGAGGUGCGGUGGUUCUUUAAUGGACUCCAGUUAAGAAAUGGAUCUCAUUAUUCCAUCAGCGGGAAGAACCUCACGAUAAACCAGCCCAGCAGGAACGACACGGGCCGCUACACUGUGUUACUAACCAACCCGUUCAGCUCGGAGACGCAACACUGGAACAUCACAGUGCUGUAUGGACCCGAUAUGCCAGUUCUCAAGGUCAGUCCCACAAAAGCAGUCUUUGUUUCGGGCGAGUCUCUGUUCCUCUCCUGUCAGGCCGAGGGUGAACCGCCCCCCUCCGCCACAUGGUUUUUCAAUGGCGAGUCCAUUGAAACGUCUUCAACAGGAACAGUCAGUCUCACCAAUGUUAAGACGAGUCAAAGCGGCAUUUAUACUUGCGUGAUGAUCAACACCAGAACUGAGGCGACACUUCAGAGAAACGUCACUAUAAUUGUCUAUGAGUCUCCCAGCGGUGAGCCUCUGUGUUCAGUGCAGGCUGUGAAUGGAGGCGCAGCGCUGCAGUUCCUCUGUCUGUGGCCAGGCGGUGCUCCAGAAGCACAGGUGUCGUUUCCCGGCCUGAGCGUGAAUGCCAGUGGAUACGGCAAUUACAGUAUGACUAUAAACGACACUCCGAGCUUAAACGGAAGAGAAAUCAUCUGUAAAGCCGAACAUCCUCUGAUUCGGACACAAUGCAGUGUCAUUCCUCGCGGUCCUGUGGAUUUCCUCCCAGUAAUUUUCACCAGCAUGAGUCAAGAUGAACAGACAUUGGUUGUGAUUCAUUGCUCUGCUGAAGCAACACCUCAAGCUCUUGUGCACUGGAUCAAGGAUGGAAACCACUUGCAAACUGGGCCCAAAUACCAGAUCAGUACAAACACAACUCAACUGUUUAUUUAUGAUUUUAAUGUCACUACAGACCUCGACACCUACACCUGCACUGCCAUCAACCCUCUUGGCAAUAAAACUGUGGACACUACACUGCUGGGCCCUCAAAUCGCAAACUCGAGUGUUUUCCUGAGUAAUGAUCGAACAGAAGUAACUCUAACGUGGGACGUUCCUCUCACCUCCGUUAUUACAGGCUUUGAUAUCCAGUUGAAGGGCCCAGAGCUCUCAAGCCCAUCUCAACCCAAACUCAGCAUCGCAUCAGACUUCCGCACCAUCCAAUCAAAGCCGGCCUCCGCCAGAGCCACCACCGUCUCAGGACUCCACCCAGAAUGCACGUACUACAUCAGAAUCAUCCCUAAAGCCGGCAGAACCGCAGGAGAACAGUCCGAGCAACAUCGGAUUGGACCAGCUGCUGGACUCAGUGGAGCUGCUAUCGCUGGGAUCGCCGCUGGAAUCCCCUGUGCUCUUCUCGUCCUCCUCAUUGUGCUGGCCUUCAUCUACUGCGGAAGACGUGAUCGAAUCCCCAGGUAUCCUGUAUCGAGAGCAGUGGAGAAGGCCGUCAUCUCUCAGUCUACUCUGAACCCUCAUCGUCUGCUGAGAGCCAGACUGAAAGCACCGCCUGAGUACAGACAUCAGCAGCCUGAGCGAUCGGCUCAUUUGCCGUCUGUGAACUCAUGCGUGAGAAUGGCCACCACCGUCUGACUCUGAGAGCUUGAGCCUUUAACCUUAUCCAGGACAGUUGUUGACAUGUUGCAGCCCAGACGCGAACCAGUUUCACCCACAUGAGCACCACAGUUACUCCGGCACCGUUUAUUCUGUUAUUCUGUCUAAGUGUAUUUUAAAUUCAGAUGUGAGCACUGUAUCAAAAAGACAAAGUUUCUGUCGUUUAUUUUAAAAUAAGUACUAAUUUUGUUAAGAAAUUAAUACUUUUAUUCA